UGUAGAUCCUUGACGCCGCCAUUUGCUGCUUCACUUCUGCGCUUUACAUUCCAGUGGUUGCAUCAGGAACAUAAACGAGCGACAGAAUGUCCUCUGCGAGUGGAGACGAGGCCGAUAUCGCGUUGGCCGAGCAAGUGAAGCGUACCAGGUCAGGGCGUUCUCGCAAAACGGCGGUAGUGGCCAAAAAGUCGCCCGUAAAGAAGCUUCUCGCCAGAGCUACACGCUCUCCGAAGAAGGUCCACGAGAUCGAGGAUAUCGAGGAGGAAGUAUCGAUGUUGGAGGAAAGCAUGGUGGAAAACAUGACUGAAAAUGGAGUCCAGCAACUCACAGAUAUUAUUGAACAACGCAGCGAGGAAGAUACUUCUAUGUUACAUUUGGAACUAGAAGAUUCUGAAGACACAAAUAUACAUGAAAUGACAAUUGGUCAGAGUGAAGAGAUUGAGCAAGAUGUAGAAGAAAUGGAACAUUCCAACAUCAGAUCAGAAGGUAUGAUAGUGGAAGAUAGUAGCAUGGAUAAAGUGGAGAUGCUGGUUGAACAUAGUGGAGUCGAGAUAGAGGGACAAGACAUUAGCAAUGACGACUCCAGUCAGCAACGCGUACUUAUAGACUUUCAAGAAGUCAUCAAUGAUGACGGCACGACCAUGACACAAGAAAUAUCGGAAUCAGAAGAGGUGGAUUCGGAGAACAUGCCCACGCAUGUUGCAACGAACAUCGAAGUUAUGGAAAUUGACGAUUCACAACAGGGAAUGUCGGUGGUGGCGGACACAAUAAUAAGCAAAGUGGAAACUGAUAUGGAGGUGUCGCAGAGCGGUGACUCCGUACCACGUAUAGAGAUAACUGAAGCAAUCGAGAAUGAAGCGGAGGACAUGACCGAGGAAGACGCGAAGAAAAUUGAGCCUGACACGGAAGCCGUGUCAGAGGACGAAUUGCCGAAUGAAGCUGCGAAGGAACCCGAAACCGAAGCAGUGUCUGACGAGGAAUUGCCGGUUGCGGCUCCAGCGGACUUGGGUGAAACAGAGUCUGUGUCCGAGGACGAAUUACCACCGGACAGCGAGAAAAAGCGAAAAGGCAUGGCCAAGUCGAUUAACAAAACACCAGAUAAGAAAACCAAAGUGGAGAGUGGAAGUAAACGCAAGUUAAACGCGGAAGGCGAAUAUGAUCCCAGUUCUCCGACGUCCGAAAACAACGACGAGACACCCGCGAAGAAAGCCGCAUUGUCCAGCGAAACAGAUGCGACGGAGAAGCAAGAAACCAAACCAGCAUCACCCAAAAAGAAAACCUUGCCCGAGCUAGAAAAAUACUGGAAAGCGGUUAAUGAAGAUCCGUCUGACUUUACGGGUUGGACGUAUCUCUUACAAUACGUUGAUCAAGAAAACGACGCGGAGGCCGCACGUGAGGCUUACACCAAAUUCUUGGAGCGUUAUCCAUAUUGCUACGGUUACUGGAGAAAGUUCGCCGAUUACGAGAAGAAGAAGGGGAACCCCGAAAAUGUCCAAACGGUGUUCGAUCAAGGUCUGAAAGCUAUUUCGCUAAGCGUCGAUCUGUGGCUCCAUUACAUCAACCACUGUAAAACCAUCUAUGAAAAGGAUGAGGAGAAACUCCGGGAGCAGUACGAGAGAGCCAUACAAGCUUGUGGGCUUGAGUUCAGGUCUGAUCGUCUCUGGGAAAGCUAUAUAAAAUGGGAACAGGAGGCGAAGCGCUUCAGCAGAGUGACAGCGCUGUACGAUCGCUUGCUCUCGACGCCUACGCUCGCCUACACCAACCACUUUGACAGCUUCCAGGCUUUCGUCGAUAAUAACUUGCCAAAUCGCAUCCUGAGCGUGGAUGAUUUUCUUGCAUUGCGCGCCGAAGUGAAAGCCCUCCUCAAAUCGGACGACACCACCGCGACGUCUGCCUCCGAUGAUGCUCCGCCCGGUGAAGAACCGCCGCCUCAUGAAGUGCCACCGACCGAUGAAGAGACACGUGCCAUUCGAGAGAAGAUCAUCAGCAGCAGACGCAAAAUGCACAAAGCGAACGUCAACGCGGUGGCCGCAAGAUGGUCCUAUGAGGAGGGAAUAAAGAGACCGUACUUCCAUGUGAAACCACUGGAGCGGUGUCAGUUGAAGAACUGGAAGGAAUACCUCGAUUUCGAGAUCGAACAGAAGGAUCAAAAUCGUAUAAUCAUCUUAUUCGAGAGGUGUCUCAUAGCUUGCGCGCUUUACGAUGAGUUUUGGAUGCGAUUUGUGCGUUACUUGGAGUCAUUGAAGGGCGAUAACACAGAAAAAAUCCGUGACGUGUAUUCAAGGGCGUGUAUGGUGCACCAUCCGAAGAAACCGAAUUUGCAUUUGCAAUGGGCUAUCUUCGAGGAGGGCCAGGAUAACUUUGAGAAGGCCGCUGCCAUAUUAGAAAAUAUUGAUAAUGUAUUGCCGAAUAUGCUGCAAGUGGCGUACCGACGGAUAAACUUGGAACGUCGUCGCAGUGAUUUGGAGAAAGCCUGCACAUUGUAUGAGAAUUACAUCAGCAAUAGCAAAAACAGGACGAUUGCUAAUAAUAUCGCCGUAAAAUAUGCACGAUUCCUCUGUAAGGUCAAAAAUGACGUUGACAAGGCAAUUAAGAUCUUGAUGAAGGCUACAGAUAAAGAUAAAGACAAUCCUAGACUAUACCUGCAAUUGAUAGAUUUGGGUAUGCAGCGAACACCAGUCGACACACAAGAAAUAGUAGGCUACAUGGACAUGUUCAUAGAGAGGGAACAUGCGGACCUCGAGCAGAGAGUGUUAUUCGCACAACGCAAAGUUGAGUUCCUGGAGGACUUCAGCCCAGACAUUCGACAGGUGUUGAAAGCCCACGAACAGUUUCAGAAAUGCAUUAAGCAAGCGAAGGAGAGAAAGAAGGCCAAGGGUGAUGAUAACAAAACUGAUUCAUCGCCUCCGAAGAAAAUCAAGACCGAUCAGUCAAAUGUGCCACCUCCACCGUCCGUAGGCUCACAAUCUUCGUACCAAUACAGCAGCAGCCCGAGCGGACCCUACCAAUCGCAGCAACAGUUCCAAAGUGGUCAAUACGGCGGUCAGGGUGGCUAUCAGCAGGGUUACCAACAAUAUCCACCGCCAUCAGAUCCCAAUUAUGCUAACUACCAAAAUUGGCAGUACGGCCAAGGUGGACCGCAGGCUUAUGGACCUUACAACCAGUGGGGAUCUUAUAAUUACUACUGAACAACCGCGCGAUCAUUUCCUCAAAAUCGCCCCCCUAAUAUAUGUUAAUUUUCGUCCACUGUACAUUCUAGCGUUUUAUUCUGCUGAUUUCGAUUUCGAAGUCAUCGGACGGAGGAAUCAAGUCGUUUAGUAUGCAAAUGACGCAUCGGUAUCCUGAUAUUGAGAGCUUGUGUGUAUCGAUCAUUGACUGCGGUUCCUUUCUGUAUCGAUAUCUGGGGCUGUAUUCCGUAUAUGUUCAUUGACAGAGUCUGUUCGAUAAGUUAUUACG